CUAUGCCAUCUCUCUAGCCUCAGAUUUUAAUUUUUUGUUGUGACCCUGUUGUCCAAGUUGUCUUUCAGGUCUGGACUCAAGUAAUCAUUCUGCCUUGGUCUCUUGUGUGGUUGCUGCUACAGGUAUUGCUUGAUUUGGAAAACCUUGAAAAACAGGGAAAAAAAAUUGUAAGAAAAUGACGACUUUUCGAAAUCAUUGUCCACAUUUGGAUUCAGUUGGUGAAAUAACAAAAGAGGAUUUGAUACAAAAAUCUCAUGGGGCUUGUCAGGACUGUAAAGUCAGAGGACCCAAUCUGUGGGCAUGCCUGGAGAACCGGUGUUCCUACGUGGGCUGCGGCGAGUCUCAGGUCGACCACAGCACCCUGCACUCGCAGGAGACCAAGCAUUAUCUUACUGUGAACCUCACCACUCUUCGAGUAUGGUGUUACGCUUGCAGCAAAGAAGUAUUUUUGGAUAGAAAAUUGGGAAGUCCUCCUUCGUUGCCACAUGUAAGACAACCUCAGCAAACACAAGACAACACUGUCCAGGAUUUUAAAAUACCCAGCAAUACAACACUGAAAACCCCUCUGGUUGCUGUCUUUGAAGAUCUGGAUAUAGAACUAGAAGAAGAGGAUGAGCUGAAGGCGAGAGGCCUUACAGGUCUAAAAAACAUCGGAAAUACUUGUUAUAUGAAUGCGGCUCUCCAGGCUCUUUCUAACUGCCCACCUUUGACACAGUUCUUUCUUGAUUGUGGAGGAUUGGCUAGAACAGAUAAGAAGCCAGCAAUUUGUAAAAGUUAUCUCAAGCUAAUGACAGAAUUGUGGCACAAGAGCAGGCCGGGAUCUGUUGUGCCUGCUAAUCUGUUCCAGGGAAUUAAAACUGUGAACCCAACAUUCCGAGGCUAUUCUCAGCAGGAUGCCCAGGAAUUCCUUCGCUGUUUGAUGGAUCUGCUUCAUGAGGAGUUGAAGGAGCAGGUCAUGGAAAUAGAGGAAGACCCUCAAACACUGACUUCUGAGGAAGCAGUGGAGGAGGAGAAGAGCCAGUCGGAUGUAGACUUUCAGUCCUGCGAAUCUUGCAGCAGCAGUGAGAAAGCGGAGAAUGAGAAUGGCUCCAAAGGCUUUGCUGAGGACAGCAAUGAGACAACGAUGCUCAUCCAGGAUGCCGACGACCUAGAGAUGGCCAAGGACUGGCAGAAAGAGAAGAUGUGCAACAAGAUCAAUAAAGCAGAGUCUGAAGUAGAACUGGAUAAAGAUAGAGACACCGUAUGUGACACAGUUGACCUGAACAGCCAAGAGACUGUCAAAGUGCAGAUACAUGGCAGAGCUUCAGAAUAUAUCACUGACGUCCAUUUGAAUGACCUGUCCACAUCACAGAGUCUUCCAUCCAAUGAAAGCGUUAAUACACGUUUAUCAGCAAGCCCUCCUAAGUCAGGCAACCUAUGGCCGGGACUGACACCUCCACACAAAAAAGCUCAGUCUGCAUCUCCAAAGAGAAAAAAGCAGCAUAAGAAAUACAGAAGUGUCAUUUCUGACAUAUUUGAUGGAACAAUCAUUAGUUCAGUACAGUGUCUGACGUGCGACAGGGUGUCUGUAACCCUCGAGACCUUUCAGGAUCUGUCCUUGCCGAUUCCUGGCAAGGAAGACCUGGCCAAGCUGCACUCCUCCAGCCACCCCACCAUAGUCAAAGCAGGCUCGUGUGGUGAAGCGUAUGCGCCACAGGGCUGGAUAGCUUUCUUCAUGGAGUAUGUGAAGAGGUUUGUUGUCUCAUGUGUCCCUAGCUGGUUUUGGGGUCCAGUAGUAACCUUGCAAGAUUGUCUUGCUGCAUUCUUCGCCAGAGAUGAACUUAAAGGUGACAAUAUGUACAGUUGUGAAAAAUGCAAAAAGUUGAGGAAUGGAGUAAAGUUUUGUAAAGUACAGAAGUUUCCUGAGAUCUUGUGUAUUCAUCUGAAGAGGUUUCGGCAUGAGCUGAUGUUUUCUACUAAAAUCAGCACCCACGUGUCCUUCCCUCUGGAAGGCCUGGACCUGCAACCGUUCCUUGCAAAGGACAGCCCGGCGCAGAUUGUGACCUACGAGCUCCUGUCAGUCAUCUGUCAUCACGGGACUGCGAGCAGUGGGCAUUACAUCGCUUACUGCCGCAACAAUUUAAAUAACCUGUGGUAUGAGUUCGAUGACCAGAGCGUCACUGAGGUUUCCGAGUCCACCGUGCAGAAUGCUGAGGCCUACGUCCUUUUCUACAGGAAGAGCAGUGAAGAGGCCCAAAAGGAGAGGCGGAGGAUAUCAAAUCUGCUGAACAUAAUGGAGCCUAGCCUCCUUCAGUUUUAUAUAUCUCGACAGUGGUUAAAUAAAUUUAAGACCUUUGCUGAACCUGGCCCUAUCUCAAAUAAUGACUUUCUCUGUAUUCAUGGAGGUAUUCCUCCACGAAAAGCUAGUUACAUUGAAGACUUAGUUUUGAUGCUGCCUCAGAACAUUUGGGAUAACCUCUAUAGCAGGUAUGGAGGAGGACCUGCAGUCAACCACCUGUACAUCUGUCACACCUGCCAGAUUGAGGCCGAGAAGAUUGAAAAACGAAGAAAAACUGAACUGGAAAUUUUUAUUCGGCUCAACAGAGCAUUUCAAGAGGAGGACUCUCCAGCAACUUUUUAUUGUAUCAGUAUGCAGUGGUUUAGAGAAUGGGAGAGUUUCGUGAAGGGUAAGGAUGGAGAUCCUCCAGGUCCUAUCGACAACACUAAAAUUGCAGUCACUAAAUGUGGUAAUGUGAUGCUCAAGCAAGGAGCAGACUCUGGUCAAAUUUCAGAAGAAACAUGGAAUUUCCUGCAGUCCAUAUAUGGUGGAGGGCCUGAAGUCAUCCUCCGGCCUCCAGUGGUUCAUGCUGACCCUGAUGUACUGCAAGCAGAGGAGAAGAUUGAAGUAGAAACUCGAUCGUUGUAGUUUUGAGGGUACAGAGCUCUAACGAGGAGUCGUCCUCACUCGCACACGCAUUCAAAUCAUUCCUUAAAGCAUGUUUCUUUGAUUUUCACCUUUUAUCACAUUUAUUCCUUUGUACUGGGCAUUAUGAGAGGGUCUGUUUAAAUGUGUAAUAUUAAGUUGUUAAUAUUUAAUGCUAAAUAACUUGCCAUGAUGUCUUUCAGUGCACUGUUUGGAAGAAACGGGACACUUGGCCAUUAGGUUCUCUGACCUUUGCUCUGGGCAGAUCCAGGUGCCCUCUUCAGUGCUGUAAAACUUCUGCUUGAAAACCUUGUCAUUACCCUAAGCCAAUCUUUUCAGUUCUCAAAACAACCUAAUUUAAUUGUAUAGUUUUGACAUGGCUUUGCAUAGGAAGGAGCAUAUUUUAAAUUGAGAGUAGUGGUCAGAAAAUUGUUAAUUUCCUAAAGCUCAGGAAACAUUAGGGUAUUAAUUCUUUUGCACUGUAGCAUACAAAAUUGCAUAUUAAAAUUUACAAAAUGUCUUUUGAAUGUAACAGGAUGUAUUUAGUUUGAAUGGGAUUUGUCAUCAGAUAAUCAGUAACUUAUUGCUGCUUAUAAUGUAAAAUGUUAAACUUUAAUUCUGUAGACCUGAAUGGUAUUCAUUAAUGUCAGUAACUUAAAAAGUCUUAGUUUUAGGCCACUUUUUAUUUUGAGAGCAUGAAGUAUAGAAUGUGUCAAAUGAGACUGUUGAUAAAGCUGAAACCACUUGCAAAAUGAUUUUUUUAAUGAAAUGCACAAAGUCUUUUUAAAUAAUAGAGUAUGCAUUGCUGUUUGCUUGAUUAUGUGAUGUGCAGAGCUUAACUGUAUUCCAAGUACAAACAUGCUAGGUGAUACUGAGGCUAUGCAACAGCAUUCACGAUGUGUUGUUUUUGUGUGGGGUAGCCACACGGUCUAAAAACAAUGUUGUUAAAACCCAUUCAAUAAAAAUCAUUUUAAGAUGUGUAAA